AUGGAUUCUCGAAAGCCCAGCCUGGAUCUGGAGAAGGAGCUCACGUGCUCGAUCUGCACGGAGCUCUUGUACCAGCCUCUGACUUUGCUUGAUUGCCUCCACACCUUUUGCGGAGCGUGCUUAAAAGAAUGGUUCCGCUUCCAGGCUGCAAAGGCCGAAAAGGCACCCUCACCGCCAGCUCCAGGGGAGGCCAUAUUCACCUGCCCGUCGUGUCGCAGCCCGGUGCGCGACACGAGGCACAAUGCCACGGUUGUCACCCUGCUCGACAUGUACGUGGCCGCGAAUCCCGCCAAGGCACGGUCCGACGCCGACAAGGGGGAAAUGGAAGCAAAAUACAAGCCAGGAGACCAGGUGUUGCCAAAACGACAUACACGGGCGCGGACUGCUGAAGAGGAGAAGGCCGUGGAAGAGGAUCGUCGUCUGGUAGACGAAGUUCGAGAACUGAGUUUGCGCGAGGUGACACCGGGGGGGCAGCCUCAACGAGAGAGACGUCAACGGCCUAGGCGAAGCCGAUCCGUUAACCGGAGAUCAAGAUCAAGCAGAAACCAGAGCUCGAGCCCUCGUCGUCGAGAAACCGGAGACGCUUCAGGCAAUUCCCGUGGCGACGACUCCAGUCGUCAGGGCUCGGAUCAAAGUGCCAGCGACAGAGAGCACCGGAGAAGGCGGCGCCAAAGCGCCAGCCGGCAACGUCAAGUUGAGCACCAAACAUCCCUCAGAUCGUUGAUCGGAUCAUCGGAGAUGAGCGAAAGGGACAUUGAAAGAGAAAUCGAAGAUUUUGCUAGGCAGAUUCAAGAGGAGGGCCUCCUAGAUGGGCUUGAUUUGGAUAACAUUGAUUUGUCCCGAGACGAUGAUUUGAGCAGGCGUAUCACCGAGGCUUACAGGCGUCGACAAAGGGAACGACCUCGCAACGAGUCUUCCCGCCGGCCCACUUCAAGCAGCAACAACGCAGCUUCAAGGGGCUCAGAGGGGGUUCACACUGACGCAAGACUCAGGGCCCCCGAAAGCGGUUCCAGAUCCCGCGCCAGCUCAAGGUCAACUAACGGCGGCGGCCAACGCGAGAGCAGGAGUAGGCCACCUCUGGCCGGGUCUACCAACCUCGAAGUAAGGGAUCCUGCGACACGACCACGACGGAGGACUGCUAGCGGGGGGCGCAGUGCUACGGCACCCGUGUUUUUGUCAACUGCAGAGGCUCGCCCUGCUACUCGAUCCUCAACAGACUUGGCACUACGACCGCAAACAUCGGACGCCCCUGGGCCUCGACAGAGCUUCCGUGAGGGCCGCAGUUCCAGUACUCCAUCAGUACCGGCUUCUUCUCAGGCGCCCAGUGAGUUGCCAGCAUUAGCACCUGGUAACAGUAGCAUUGCUUCAUUUGCUAGCCGAGUGCCUCAAUGGAAUCCUCAUAUAGCUGAUCCUUCCUCGGCAGCAACGCAUGAGCCAGCGGCAGCACAUUUCAGCAGACCCCAUCUGCCGGCAGAGUUGGCCAUUAUUCACUCCGUUGUUUCUAACCCCAUGAGCGGCCCAGCUGGCACUUCUGCUCAUCGGCGAACAAGAUCGCAGUUGUUCCCUGAGCCGUCCAUCUCGUGCUCAGAGUGCAGCAAGCAGCACAUAGAAUAUGAGUUGCAUUACAACUGUGGAAUAUGCUCCGGCGGCCAGUGGAACAUAUGUCUUGAGUGCUAUCGAUCUGGUAAAGGAUGCCAAUAUUGGUUUGGUUUCGGCUAUGGGGCUUGGAAGAAGUGGGAGAAUAUGCGGCAGAAGGGCGAUGAGUCGCUAGCCAAGCCGCAUAUGCUCACAGCAUGUCGAUAUCUGCCGCCUCCGUCGACGCCCGGCGGUGCUGAUGGAAGGAAGACGCUGACAACGGAUGACCCUAGAGGUAGGCUGGAAACAGGAACGUUCUGCUCUAGAUGCUUCGCGUGGACAAACGACUGUUAUUGGCGUUGCGAUGUCUGCAACGAGGGAGACUGGGGAUUCUGCAACAACUGUGUCAACCAGGGCAGUUCAUGUACACAUGCACUUCUGCCCUUGACCCAUGAGUCGCCGCAAGCUACCGGCCGACCUCGUAGCCCGAGAUGGACAGGCCGACCCCCUGCUGCUACAGUCUAUACGGGACCCCAAGCGGCAAAUAUUGGGCCGUUCAAGCCUCUGACUUUCCGUACCAGGUGCGACAUCUGUCAGGACCCUAUAUCUCCGUCCCACGUUCGAUACCACUGCUUCAGCUGCAAGAGUGCCCUUGUUCCCGAAGCACCGCCAGGUGAUUACGAUAUAUGCUCGUCAUGCUACAAUGGCUUAGUUUCCACUGGCCAGAUCAGCAUGGAGAACGGCCACGGUGGUUGGAGACGGUGCUUGAAUGGCCACAGAAUGGUAGUCAUCGGUUUCGCAGAUGGCAAGAUCGGACAGUGGCGAUUCGUCGAGCGCGACAUUGUAGGUGGGCGACUGCUACGUUUGGAGGCCUUUGAGGAUCCUGAACGCAAUGGGCAAGAGUUACAGAAAUGGUCUUGGAAGGACGGGCAUGAAGAAUGGGAGCGUCCAGUUACAAGAGACGUGUCGGCAACUGCUCCUGCUACUGUCGGACCAAUGUCAUUCACACAAAGCUUCCCACCGGAUGGCGGCACAGGAAUGAGGGCAAACGCGCGUUGGGCCUGGUAUCCGCGGGCAGGAUCAGACGAUGAACUGUUGUUUCCUAAAGGUGCAGAGAUUCAGGAGAUUGAGGACGUAAAUGGUGAUUGGUUCUUUGGCACAUAUAUGGGCGCCAAAGGUCUGUUCCCGGCGCCUACGAGGGGAGAGGUGGACGACAGCAUGUUUGGGGUGCAUAGUCUUUUGAGCAUGGCAUGGCAUAAUGCGAGGGAGCAUACAUUAUGUAGCAUGGUAAAUGAAAUUGAACAAGACCAGCAGAGAGCAUUGAGGGCGAAACACUACUGGUACGAGAUGUCAGACAGACAAGCCAGACACGACGACCCGGCUUAUGCCCUCGUCGACUCGCAAACGGCUGCCGCUCAAUUCACGAACCACCAUCCCUCUCGGACUGCACCCUGCACGCCCUUGCCGGGGGAGACCAUGUUUCGACGCAGCGCCGUACGGUUGGCUGUGGCGGCGGCCAAAGCUGCCGAGCCGAGUGCUCACACGCUUGCCGUGUCCAAGGCCCAGGGCAUCGCCAAGGGCCUCACUGGCGCCGUCGGGAACACCCCCCUCAUCCGCCUCCACAGGCUCUCCGACGAAACCGGCUGCGACAUCCUAGGCAAGGCCGAGUUCAUGAACCCGGGAGGCUCGGUCAAGGACCGCGCGGCCCUGUACGUGGUCAAGGACGCCGAGGAGCGCGGCCUCCUGCGCCCGGGGGGCACCGUCGUCGAGGGCACCGCCGGCAACACGGGCAUCGGCCUCGCGCACGUCUGCCGCUCCCGCGGCUACAAGCUCGUCAUCUACAUGCCCGACACGCAGUCGCAGGGCAAGAUCGACCUCCUCCGCCUGCUCGGCGCCGACGUCUACCCCGUCCCCGCCGUGGCCUUUGACAACCCCCAAAACUACAACCACCAGGCCAGGCGGCACGCCGAGUCCCUGGACAACGCCGUGUGGACGAACCAGUUCGACAACACGGCCAACCGGCGGGCGCACAUUGAGACGACGGGGCCCGAGAUUUGGGCCCAGACGGCCGGCGCCGUGGACGCCUUUACCUGCGCGACCGGCACGGCGGGCACCCUGGCUGGCGUCACGCGCUACCUCAAGGACGUGUCGGCGGGCAGGGUGAAGAGCUACCUGGCUGAUCCGCCGGGGAGCGUCUUGCAUUCGUACAUGAGCUCGGGGGGCAAGUUGGUUGAGAGGUCGGGGUCGAGCAUCACCGAGGGCAUCGGGCAGGGGCGCAUCACGGACAAUUUGAAGCCCGACAUCGGCUUGCUGGACGGGUCGCUGUACAUUUCGGACGAGAAGAGCAUCGAGAUGGUGUACAGGUGUCUGGAUGAGGAGGGCAUCUAUCUGGGCGCCAGCUCCGCGCUGAACGUGGUGGCGGCCAAGGAGGUCGCCGAGAAGCUGGGAAGGGGCCACAAGGUCGUCACCGUGCUGUGUGACGGGGCGUAUCGGUACGCGGGCCGUUUGUUCUCCAGGAAGUGGUUGGCCGAGAAGAAGCUGCUGGGCGCGAUUCCUAAGCACUUGGACAAGUAUAUAGCCUUGCCGUAA